AUGACAUCUCGCAUCCAGCAACUGUUUCUUCUGGCUUGUUCCGUGCCAAUAUUACUCUCAGGCCAAGCCAACAGCGUCGCGGCGCAUGAUCUCGACUACGUUAACGGCGAGACCGGACUGAGUAUCGAGAGCUUGUCGAGAUCCCGAGAAUUGAAUGAACCGAGAUCAGAUGAAGAAUCGAGGCGUCAGUACUGCUUUGGGACAACACAGAACCAGGUUUAUGUUACCGACUUCUUGCAGCACAACUUGGACAUCUUGACGGGCCAUUCAACAUGCUGGCUCAACAGAGGGAUCGCUGGUCUUAGAACAGAACUGGAAAGAAAUCUCACAUCGACGCGUCGAUCGGAUAUGCAGGUCCCGAAGUGCCCUAUUAACAUCACCAGCUCUGGCAAUACCUACCUGAUCGACUUUCCCAAGAACAGCUAUCACGUUAAUACACUUUCGAAAUCUCUGCUGAUAAUACUAACUAGUAUACACAUGGCCGCUAUGACACUCGCCUUCUUUAUUGUAUACCCUAUCAUCCUGAUCUUUUCGACACUAAUCGCUCUUGGCGAACUCAUUGAACGACCUUUAUUUAAAGCUCGGAUCGAAAAAUGGCAGAAGAUACUUUUCUGCGUAUUAUUCCUCCCUCUUCUCGCCAUUGGCAUCCUCUGCGGGUUGACUGGGAUGGGGUCAUCAGACCAUUUCCGAACAGAACAUGGAAUCAUAGGCUUGGUCACAGCGGUUUUGGCAACAUUGGCAGUAGGAGUGUAUCUCAUCGAGAACAACCUCAGACCAAGAAUUUCAAUAAGCAGAAGAUGGCGCCGAGUGCACAUGAUGGUCAACUACACCGACAUCUUCAUUUGCCAGGCUGUUCUCAUGCUUUCGGGCUUUGCUCUGCCUGAUGGCAUUGACGACUUUCAAGUCAUGAGCCUUUGCGGAACAAGACACAUAUCCACCUCGUUGUCGUUCUCGGUGGGCAUGAUGGUAGCGUUCGUAUGGAACAGUGCGAUGGCGGCCAUGACGCUUCAGUGGUGGCUUGUUCGCAGGGCUAGUGAGGACAAGCCUCCUGGCAAGAUGUGGCUGUUGGUAUCGCGCAUCUUUCGGCGGAAUACCAAUACCUGCGAGGAUGAUGAGUAG